AUGGAAUGGUAUAGAAAGGAGGUGCGUUUAGCGGGGGCGGCCCAUUUGGCAUUUCAGCCUCUCCUAAUACAUUAUCAUAUCUUCACAAUGCUUUGCUUUUCAAUUUCAUUCACACAAUCAGCAAUCGCAUCGCCCCAUCUCCCUCCCCCGGGUUUCUUCUUCCCUCCCACUCCUACUCUCACACCCUUCAAACCACGCUCUUCAAUCGCUUCUCGUUGUACCCAAAUUGACUUAACAACUCAGCAUGAAGAAACACCCCACAAUGCUUAUCCGAAGCAAGACGAAUCGCCACCAGAAGAAGAAGAGCCCUUUCAAGUGUUGACGUCCGUCAAGACUGCAUACAAUGACAUUCUCAUCGUCUACACUGCUGAAUCCAGGAUGCUUCUACUCGAUUCCACUCAUAAUGUCCAUAGCAUUCUACAAAAGGGUGGCGAGAAAUGGACUGGAUCAUAUUGGGUAUGUUGUGAAGAAGCCUCUUCUUUUGUUCUUUUGUUCUUUCGUACUUUUUUUUUUCACAUGUAAUCAGUUUAAGCAUGUUCUGUUUUGUUUUGGAACCCUAUAAACCUGUUCACUUUGAUUGUAAUUGUCUAGCCUGAUCAAAUUGAUUAGUGUCAGAU